AUGAAGGUAGAAAUUCCUGAAGAUUUGCUUAUAUCGGACACAACAAAUCUGUUGAUGUCACUUAUAGACUUUGUGUAUCUUGAUUUGAAUGAUAACCUUGGUGACCCGCUAUUUUUCCAAAAAAGGGGAAUACUUGCACCAACGCUUGAUUCAGUUGAACAUGUUAACGAAUAUAUGAUGUCACUGAUUCCAGGUGAAGAGAAAGAGUAUUUAAACUCUGAUUCUGUUUGUCGCUCGGGUGAAAAUUCUGAUGUCCAAAGUGAGUGGUUCACAACGAAAUUCCUUAAUGGUAUUAAGAGCUCUGGAAUUCCAAAUCACCGGUUGAAACUAAAGGUGGGAUGUCCAGUUAUGCUGAUGAGAAACAUCGAUCAAGCCAAUGGACUGUGUAAUGGUACGAGGCUGACAGUUACACAUCUAGGGAAGAGCACGAUAGCUGCUACCGUAAUUACAGGAAAAAGGGCAGGUACCAAGGUAUUCAUUCCUAGGAUGAAUCUUAUUCCGAGUGAUCCAGGACUACCCUUCAAAUUCAUGCGCAGAUAA